AUGAAAAAGAGGACGUUGGCUGAGGCAUUUCAAGCGUCCCUGACGGAGGAGGAUGGCGCUAGCGACACAGAGAGAGCGGUGAAGGCCGAUGCAGCUAUCGAGGAUAGUGAUGACUACAUGUCCGAAGCCAUGCUGGCCACGUUGGCCGCGCAAGAUGCUCCGCGUGCAUCGACGUACACAGAACGUCGCGCCAAGCUGCAAUGGGAGGCAACCGAACAACAACGCCUAGCGAUGGAGGAAGCGGACGUACGUCGUGCCAGUAAGGCACGGCGCGCCCUACCUGGCGAAUGGGAAGCACGACGGCGUGGCCUCGCUACGAGUGUAUGGGACCAAGCCGCCGCAGCGCCGGCUCUCGGCGCAGGAACCCAAGCAGCGAUAGCGAUGAUGGCCGCGAUGGGCUACCAGCCCGAUCAGAUCCCAGAUACGGCGCCAUCGUCCAAGCCUUUGUCGUUGGACCAGCGCUGGCUUUCUACCGAGGGCGGGACGCGACGACGAGGGUUGGGGCAUGCCGACGUAUCUGCCCGCAUAUCGUUGGCCUCACGAGCCUCGUCGCCGCCUAUCGAUCCCGAGGCGCAAGUGGAUGCAUUUCGGUCGCAUAAAGGACGAGAGCAUGCGGCCAAACAAACGGAGCUAUGGCUCGUCCAGGCUCGUAAAGUCUGUCGUGCGUUGGACGAGGCGCAAGGGUGGCAAUACAGUCCCUUGUGGCUGGAUCCAACGGCCUUCCCCCCCGCCCAUGCACUGUAUCAACCGAGCCUACUAACGGAAGCGUACGAGCGUGGCCAAGACGACGCUGUGGCUCUCCUAACCCUCGCGUUCCACGAGGCCCAGGAUAGCAAAGAGACAGGAUACCCACCCCUAGAGGAGCGACGUGUUGACGCGGAGCGUUUUUGCCGGCUCUCUCCAUCGGCCCGUCUGGACGUGACAUGUGCGUACCUGCGCGACGCGUAUGCAUACUGUCUGUACUGUGGCCACCAAUACGAGAGCCAGGACGACCUGGCUUCGCAAUGCCCAGGGCCGACGGACGAAGACCAUGCGUGA